GUGUAAGCACACUCAGCACACUCGACCAAUCACAGGGCGCGUUGUUGCUUCCAACAUGGCUCUGGUUGUGUGAGAUCGGUCUGAAUAGAAAACAAGAUCCAUAAUUUUUAUCCCAAAAUAAGGAAAAUUCUCAGUUCUGCAAGAUGAAGGUGGUAAACCUGAAGCAGGCCAUCCUGCAGGCAUGGAAGGAGCGCUGGAGCGACUACCAGUGGGCCAUCAACAUUAAGAAAAACUGCCCCAAAGGCGCAACAUGGGACUACCUCAAUCUGGCAGAGGCUUUGCUGGAGCAGGCGAUGAUCGGACCUUCACCAAACCCCCUAAUUCUCUCCUACUUGAAGUAUGCCAUCAGUUCUCAGAUGGUGUCCUGCUCCAGUGUUCUCACGGCAGUCAGCAAGUUUGAUGAUUUCUCCCGAGAGCUCUGCGUCAAAUCCCUCUUGGAGAUCAUGGACAUGUUCUCCCACUCUCUCAGCUGCCUUGGUAAAGCAGAGGAGUGCAUCGGCCUCUGCCGUGCCCUGCUGGGCAUUCUGGUGUGGCUUCUGCAGGGCUGCGCAUGGUACUGCGAGAAGCUGAGAGAGCCUGGAGCACUGCCCACAGGAGAGGUCAGCCUCAGAGCCUGUCAGGAGCGCCUGGAGAUCCUUCUGCAGCGGACCAAGAAUAGAGCCCUGGUGCACAUCGCACGCCUCGAGGAACAGGCCUCGUGGACCAAUGUGGAGCAAGCUUUGAUCAGACUCGCUGAAAAUCUCAGCAGCUUGACCAAUCAGAUGCUGAGGAGCAAGCUAGAGGAGUGUGUUUCACUGGUGAAGAGCAUCCCUCAGAUGCUGUGCAUCCAUUGUGACCCUCCGGUCCAGACCUCCUUCCCUUCAGUUCACGCCUUCAUCAUGCUGGAGGGGACCAUGAACCUGACAGGAGAGACGCAGCCAUUGGUGGAGCAGCUCAUGAUGAUCAAAAGGAUGCAGCGAAUUCCUGCUCCACUGUUCGUUCUGGAAAUCUGGAAAGCCUGUUUCACUGGACUCAUCGAGUCCCCUGAGGGUACCGAGGAGCUCAAAUGGACCGCUUUCACUUUCCUCAAGAUUCCACAGGUUUUGCUGAGGCUGAAGAAGUACCCGCAAGGAGAGAAGGACUUCAUGGAGGACGUGAACAUGGCGUUUGAGUACCUGCUGAAGCUCACGCCGCUGCUGGACAAAGCAGACCAGCGAUGCAACUGUGACUGUCUGAGUCUGCUGCUUCAGGAGUGCAAUAAACUGGGCCUGCUGUCCGAGUCCAACACGGUUGCUCUCACUGCCAAACGGGCGGAGGACAGGGAGUACGCCCCGAAGCUGAAGACAGCAGAGAACGCCAACAUCCAGCCCAACCCGGGCCUCAUACUGCGCGCAGAGCCCACUGUCACUAACAUACUUAAGACUGUGGAUGCUGAUCACUCCAAGUCUCCGGAGGGAUUACUGGGAGUUUUGGGUCACAUGUUGUCAGGGAAGAGUCUGGACUUGCUCCUGGCGGCCGCCGCAGCCACGGGGAAACUCAAGUCCUUCGCCCGCAAGUUCAUUAAGUUGAAUGAGUUUCCAAAACACAUCAGCGGAGAAGGAUCUAAAUCUGCUUCAGUGCGAGCUCUGCUGUUCGACAUCUCCUUCCUAAUGCUCUGCCAUGUCGUCCAGACUUACGGCUCAGAGGUCAUCCUCUCAGAGCCCAGUCCGUCGGGGGAGACGCCGUUCUUUGAGACGUGGCUGCAGAUGUGCAUGCCGGAGGAGGGCAAAACUCUGAACCCGGACCACCCCUGCUUCAGGCCUGAAUCCGGAAAGGUGGAGAGCCUCGUGGCCCUACUCAACACCUCAUCUGAGAUGAAAUUGGUUCAGAUGAAAUGGCAUGAGAUCUGCCUGAGCACGCCAGCUGCUAUCUUGGAGGUUCUGAACGCGUGGGAGAACGGAGUGUUGUCUGUAGAGGCUGUACAGAAGAUCACUGACAAUAUCAAAGGAAAGGUAUGCAGUAUGGCUAUAUGUGCUGUUGCCUGGUUGGUGGCUCAUGUUCGGAUGCUGGGAUUGGAUGAGAGGGAGAAGCCUCAGACUAUGAUUCGGCAGCUCAUGACUCCUCUGUAUGGAGAAAACACCCUGCAGUUUUACAAUGAGCGUGUCGUCAUUAUGAGCUCUAUCCUGGAGCACAUGUGCGCUGACGUCUUCCAGCAGACGGGUGUGUCCCUGCGUCCAGCCCUGGAGGGUCAGGAGCCGAUCCCAUACCGCAGCCUCCUUCCCCCUCGCCAGCCCAUCCGCCAGGCCCUGCAGACUCACUUUCGCCAGGUAUUAGCUAAAGGCUGGGUGGACUCCCGCACACUGCACUUGCUCGAGAGUCUGCUGCACAUGGGCGGAGUCUUCUGGUUCACCAACAACCUUGUGAAGGAGCUCCUGAAGGAGACCCGUAAGGAGUGGGCGUUCCGUGUAGUGGAACUGCUCUACAGUAUAUUCUGCCUGGACCUGCAGCAGGCCACUCUUACACUGCUGGGCCACAUUCUGCCCAACUUACUAACUGACCCCGCACACUGGCACAAGCUGGCAGACCCGCCGGGCAGAGCCCUCGCCAAGUUGUCCGUGUGGUGCGCGCUCAGCUCCUUCUCAUCUCACCAUAAAGUCCACACUUCGGCCCGGCAACGCAAGAGACAACGAGAAGAUAUAGAGGACUAUAGCAGUCUGUUUCCACUGGACGACACACAGCCUUCCAAGCUGAUGCGCCUGCUGAGCUCCAACGAGGAUGAACCGGUGGUUUUAUCAAGCCCAGGUGACCGGACGAUGAGCAGUUCGCUGUCAGCCUCUCAGCUCCACACAGUCAACAUGAGAGACCCUCUGAACCGUGUGCUAGCGAAUCUGUUCCUGCUGAUCUCCUCCAUCCUCGGCUCCAAGACGGCAGGUCCUCAGACUCAGUUUGUGCAGAGCUUCGUUGAGGAGUGUGUGGAGUGCUCCGAGCAGGGCAGCCGCGGCAGCAUUCUGCAGUUCAUGCCCUUCACUAUGGUGUCCGAGCUAAUGAAGCUGCAUGCGCUGGCCAAACCCAAAGUGGUCCUGUCCAUCACAGACCUGACUCUUCCUCUGGGCAGAAGAGUGGCAGCCAAAGCCAUCGCUGCUCUGUAGUAUGAACACGCACACAGCCUUCUUCAUACCUUUGCUGGGCUGAUCUUCAUGCCUUAUCACUGAUGCAGAGUUUCAGAGAACUUUCUAAUGAACUUCCUUCAGUUAAUGACUCUGAGAUAAAAACCUGCACUGCUUCAUUACAGAGUCGUGCUUCUUUACAGAAGAAAGAAAUUUAAAGCUUCAUGCGGAUGACACCGAGAUAAGUGAUGGAUGAAACUUGGCUUGCAUCUUGUGCUUCAUUGAACACAAGAUUAGAUUCCAGUAAUAGAUGUUAUUAUUAUUUUUUUUUUGUCCAUCAUCAAAACUUAACACUUAACACUUCGUUGUGAUUUGAAAGAUGUGGUCAUACUUGUGAACAGCGUUUAUUUCGGCAGCAUCAGCUGGUGCUUACCGUCAACCAGUAGACUAAACUGAAAACCGGCUCAUCUCUGUACAUAGAACUUUUUUAUACUCAAUAAAUCAUGAAGAAUUCA